UUAAUAUUACAGAAGACUGUAGUGUAUACCAUACUGAUCAAUUCAAUCCUGUUUGAUUCCUUCUUCUCAUCAAAGCUAGCUACUAGAGGGUUUGGUUCGUUCUGGUUCCAGGCGAAAUGGAGUUCCAGUUCCUUCUUUCGCUUCUCGUUUGGCUCGUCAGUUUGGAGCUCCAGACCCAUUUGAGUCUAUUCAUGAAUCAAAGAAAAGGAUUUUCUUGGUUUUUGUGGUGUUUGAGAUCUUAAGAAUGAUUGCGAGAUCUGGAUUUUGGAUUACAGAAGAUAAUCUUUGUUGGAGGAAAAAGAUCCAAACCUUCAUACGUAAUAAACUCAAAACAGGAGAUGCGAUCUCUCCUGCAAUAUUGAAAGCAAUUGAAGCUUCUAACCUCUCUGUGAUCGUUUUCUCCAAAGAGUAUGCUUCUUCCAAAUGCUGCUUGGAAGAACUCCUAAAGAUACUUGAGUGCAGGAAAGAAAAAGGACAGAUUGUUAUACCAGUCUUCUAUCAUGUAGAUCCCUCUCAUGUUCGCAACCAAUCUGGCCGUUUUGGAGAUAUAUUUUCUGAAGCUGUAAAACGUUUCAGUGAGCAGGAGCAGAGCUGGAGAUCUGCUUUGAAAGAAGCAGCAAAUCUAUCUGGGUGGGACUCGUCCGUGGUUAGGCCUGAAUCCAUCCUCGUUGAUGAAAUUGUGAGUGAUAUUUUGAAGAAAUUGAAUCUUCUUUCAUCUAGUGUUCUAAAGGAAAGCUUGGUUGGGAUAUAUCCACGAGUCAGUAAAGUUAUUUCUUUAGUAUGCAUUCGAUCACCAGACUUUCGUAUGGUAGGAAUUUGGGGAAUGGGUGGCAUUGGUAAGACCACCAUUGCUGAGGCAGUAUUCAAUAAAAUUUCCAGUCAUUUUGAAAGUUGUUAUUUUCUGAAUAAACUCCGGGAAGCAGAGAAGAGAGGUGACCUCCCUCGUUUGAGAGACGAACUUCUUUCAAAUGUCUUAAACGAAGAGAAUUUACGUGUAUGCACUCCCACUAUAGGAAGUGCCUUUAUCAAGAGUAGGCUCCAGAGUAAAAGAGUACUGAUAGUUCUUGAUGAUGUGGAUGAUCUGGCACAACUAGAGUUUUUGUUUGGAGGGCUUGAUAAAUUUGGUCCCGGAAGCCGUGUAAUAGUGACUACUAGGGAUAAACAAGUACUAAAUUCUUAUGACAUUGGAGACAUAUAUGAUGUAGAGAAGUUGAAUGAUCAUGAUGCCUUCCAGCUUUUUUGUCAAUAUGCAUUUAAUCAAGAUAAUCCUUCUAAAUCUUAUAUUGAGCUUUCAAUGAAGGUUAUAGACUAUGCUCAUGGGAUUCCUCUGGCGCUCAAAGUCUUAGGCUCCUAUCUUCGUCAUAAAAGUGAACGACACUGGGAGAGUGCACUGAGGAAGAUGAAAUUAGUUCCUAACCUGAAAAUUCGGGAGGUGCUUAAAGUCAGUUAUGAUGCACUGGAUAAAGAAUCAAGCGAUGUAUUUCUUGAUAUUGCAUGUUUCUUUAAAGGGCAGCUUAGAGAUGAUGUUGAAAGAAUUCUAGGUGGCUGUUACGGUCAUUCUAUCUUGUCAGGAAUAGAUGUUCUCAUUGAUAAAUCUCUCAUAAGUGUUUCAAAUAAAAGGAUAGAAAUGCAUGAUUUGUUGCAAGAAAUGGGUUGGUCUAUUGUCCGCCAAGAAUCUGAGAUAGAGCCUGGAAAAAGAAGCCGGUUGUGGACUCCCGAGGACAUCUAUCAUGUAUUGACAAAAAAUACAGGGACUGAAACAAUAAGAGGCAUAUUCCUUGAUGAAUCAAAAGUAGAAGAGAUGAAGUUAAGCCCAAUGACUUUUUCAAAAAUGUACAAUCUUAAAUUCCUCAAGAUUUAUCAUAGAAGCUGCAAAAAAAACUCUAAAGUGUGCCUUCCACGUGGUCUUAAAUCGCUUCCUGUGGAGCUGAGGUAUCUGUACUGGAACGCAUUUCCAUUAAAAUCUCUGCCAUGUAAGUUUCGUCCAGAGUACCUUGUGGAACUUUAUCUACCUAAGAGCAAGAUUAAGCAACUUUGGUAUGGAGCCCAGGAACUUGUUAACUUAGAAAAGAUGAAUCUUGCUGGGUGCAAGAACUUGAUGGAAUUACCAGAUCUCUCAUUAGCCAGGAAUAUUAAGGAUAUGACUCUUAGGUACUGCAAAAGCCUAGUUGAAAUACCCUCAUCAAUUGGACAUCUCAACAAACUUACCCAUUUGGAUUUGAGUGGUUGUAUAAAGCUUAAGAGUCUACCAAGAAACAUCAACUUGAGAUCUCUUGAAUUCCUAAAUUUAUUUGGCUGUACUAAAAUGGCUACAUUUCCAGAGAUCUCAAGGAAUAUAAAAUAUUUAUACUUGAAUGGCACUGGAAUAAAAGAAGUGCCAUCAUCGAUUAAGCAUAUCUGUAGCCUUCUGGAAUUGAAUUUGUCAAACUGCAUGAGACUUGUGAAUAUUUCAAGCUCUAUUCAGGAUUUGAAUCAUCUCCAAAUCCUAAAUCUGAAUGGCUGCACAAAUAUCACAAUGCUUCCCGAAAUUUCAGAGAAAGUGGACGACUCAUAUUUGAAUAUGACAAGCGAAGAAGAUCCGGCUUCUAUUGGCUGUCUCCCUGCUCUUCGCGAGUUGUGGUUGCAUAAAUGCACAAGGCUUAAGAGUCUUGCACCUAACAUUUGGAAGUUGAAAUCUCUUAAAUCUCUUGAUGCUAGUGAAACUUCUAUAAAACAAUUACCUUCAACCUCGACAGAUUCAAACCACCUAACAUACUUAUGCAUUUCAGGAUCUGAAAGUCGAGAGCCAGUGCCUCUACACCUUACUUCUUUAAUAGAUUUCCAAUUUUUAAGCAGUCUAGAACUAAGCAGUUUACAUAUAAAGGAAAUCCCUGAAGACAUUGACUGCUUAUUGUCAUUAAAAUGUUUAGAUCUAAGCGGCAAUGACUUUAAGAGCUUACCUGGAACCAUCAAACAACUUUCUAUGUUGAGACAUCUUACAUUAAGCAACUGCAAUAAACUUCAAUCGCUACCAGAGCUUCCUCAAAGUAUAGCAUCUUUACAUGCACAUGAUUGCUCAUCACUAGAAAGAAUAUUAGGUGAGAAAAAAUUCCUUAGUGUUGGAGGUAAGGGGCAGUACAUAUUCAGUAAUUGCUUCAAAUUGGAUCAAAAUGAAUACAAGACCAUUCUGGCUAAUGUACAGUUUAGAAUUCAGCAUCUGAUGGAAUAUGGCGAAGAAAUUGAGUUUGGAACAUGUCAAUUUGUUAUCUGUUUACCGGGAAGUGAAAUUUCAGACUGGUUCAACCAUAAAAGCAACACAUCUUCAAUAACUAUCCAGCUAUCUCCCCAUUGGUUCAAGAGCAAGUUUCUUGGUUUUGCUCUCUGCAUUGUGGCUGAAUUUGAGGGCUACUUUGAUGGGUCCAAUUUAGUUAUUGUAGCUGAUUACCAUUUAGAAAAACAGAGAUGAUGAGUUCUGUGAUUUCCACUGGGGAUUAAAACCAUGGCCAAAAUUUAGGGAUCAACCUAAAUUUGUUGAGUCAGAGCAUAUGUUCCUUUUGUGUGAUGCAUCAAUUUAUACGGGGACCGCUGAAGAAGGUUUCAUCGAAGAAAGUUCUGAUGAGAACUAUAAAGAGGUUUCCUUUAAGUUCUCUAUUGUAGAGAAUGAAAUUAAAUCUUUAAGUUCUUCCAAGGUUAAAAGCUGUGGGGUCCGUCUACUGCAUGAUCCAGAAGAUUUUUGCAAACCACCAGCAUAGGAAAAUAAUGAACUUGAUAGUAAAUCUGAUAAUGCAUACUAUGGUAUGAUAACUCUGAAGACAAAGAACUAGACAGAGAGUUUGGAGAUGAACUAGAUACUGAGGAAGAUGAGGAAGCAGAUAUUGAAAAUGAAGAUGGGCUAUAUGAUGAAGAAGAAGAAAUACUAAACACCGAGAAGGCAGAUGAUGAAAUAUACGCUGGGGAGCAAGAACAAGUAGACUCGUUUGAGGAGGAAAAGUAUCCUGCUCCAAAGCGAUUGAAAAGAUCAAAUUCAUGGAGUUAGGCUAGCUGAAGCUAAAGAAACACUUGGUAUUCCUCGAUCAAUCUCAUCUCUUGUGGAUGAUUUACUUCAUGCUGAUAAGUGACUCCAUAAUCUUGUAAUCUGUUUUGUUGUGAUUACUUUCUCUGCCACACUUUUAAUGGAUUCCUACGUUAAAUUACAUAGAAGCUUUUUAGAUCACAUAUGCUCGUGUGCUUUGGAUUUAAAUUCCAAUUAUGAUCACAUCUUUGUAGUGAAACCUACUGAGUCUUCAGGUAUUCUUGCAUAAAUCUACAUGUCUGCUAUCUCCUGUUUCCAUAUAUUUCGGAUGAUCAUAUUUUGAUCUACAAAAGAGUUAAUGAUGACAAAAACCUGUGGCAUACAACAAAAUGCUGGCCAGAUUUCUUUAAGAAUGAAGGAAGGGAACUUUCAAGAAAUUACAGAAGACAUCUUGAUCUGAGAGGUGAUGAAAAUUUGCAAUAAUUUUCACGAGUCAUCUCCAUGCAGCUUGGCGCCGGACAAAUGCCAAAAACUUGGUAGACAAUUAUGGACUCAAGAGGGAGUGAAUGUAAUUUCAGUAGCAGGGUUUGAAGAAUCAAGGCUCUCAAUAAUCUUGUCAUUGAAAGGUUAUGGUCUUCAAUUGGUGCUUGGAUGAACUUGUUAGAUAUCCUUGAAUGCAAUUCUGAGAGAGAGGGAGAGAAAAAUGUUACCU